AUCGACCAUAAUAAAUAAACAAAACCUUUACAUCGGUGAGAUCGUUGAACAACAAGCACUACUUGUAUAUAGAGAGAACUUAAAAGACUAACCACUUCAUAGCUACCCCUCAGGCCUCAACUCCCCCUCGUCGUCUCCGCCCCUCUCGUAAGUCAUUCCAUUCAAUUUUCACUCUCAUUUUCCAAAAUGAACGCACAUUCCACUUCGAUAAUCUCCAUGGCUUCUCCAUCUCCGUCUCUCCGCACCUCAACUUCCCUCCCUUUCUCCACUCUCAUCCUCCCCCGCACCUCCUCCCUUCGCCGCCGUCCCUUCAAAAUCCAAGCCAAGAUCCGCGAAAUCUUCAUGCCCGCACUCAGUUCUACCAUGACCGAGGGUAAAAUCGUCUCGUGGAUCAAAUCCGAAGGCGACACUCUCUCCAAAGGUGAUAGUGUUGUUGUUGUUGAAUCAGAUAAAGCUGAUAUGGAUGUUGAAACUUUCUAUGAUGGAAUUCUUGCUGCUAUUGUUGUUUCCGAAGGUGAAACUGCUCCAGUAGGUGCUCCGAUUGGUUUGCUCGCUGAAACUGCUGAAGAUAUCGCUGAAGCUCAAGCUAAGGCCAAAUCCGUCAAAUCCGGUUCUGGUUCUGGUUCUUCUCCUUCUCCUCCUCCUGAAGUACCGGACACUCCUCCGGUGGUUUCUUCUCAGUCUCCUCCCCCGCCGCCACCACCGAUUAAGGCUGUUUCUGAUGGUCCGAAGAAAAUUACCGCCACACCUCAGGCGAAGAAGCUUGCGAAACAACAUAAAGUUGACAUUGCUUCAGUAAACGGGACUGGUCCGUUUGGGAGGAUUACUCCGGCUGAUGUGGAGGCUGCUGCAGGGAUUGUGCCGUCAAAGAGUAAUGCACCUUCGGUGGUAGCUUCUGCUCCGGUGGCGUCGGAGAAGCCGAAAGCUGGUUCUUCUUCUGCUGCACCGGCUGCGUUGCCGGGUUCGAGUAAUGUUGCUUUUACUACUAUGCAAUCUGCUGUUGCUAAGAAUAUGGUGGAGAGUUUAUCUGUGCCGACUUUCCGUGUUGGAUAUCCGGUUACGACGGAUGCUCUUGAUGCUCUAUAUGAGAAGGUGAAACCUAAGGGUGUUACUAUGACUGCUAUAUUGGCCAAAGCUGCUGCCAUGGCACUUGUUCAGCAUCCAGUUGUCAAUGCUACCUGCAAAGACGGCAAGAACUUUCACUAUAACAGUAACAUUAAUGUUGCUGUUGCCGUGGCAAUCAAUGGUGGUUUGAUAACCCCAGUUCUUCAAGAUGCUGAUAAGUUGGACUUGUAUCUGUUGUCCCAAAAAUGGAAAGAACUAGUUGCAAAGGCUCGUUCAAAGCAAUUGCAACCUCAUGAGUAUAAUUCAGGAACUUUCACGCUUUCCAACUUGGGUAUGUUUGGAGUUGACAGGUUUGAUGCCAUUCUUCCACCAGGCCAGGGGGCUAUCAUGGCUGUCGGAGCAUCAAAGCCUACUGUUCUGGCUGAUGCAGAUGGAUUCUUCAGGGUGAAAAAUAAAAUGCUGGUGAAUGUAACAGCUGAUCACCGAAUAAUUUAUGGGGCUGACCUGGCUGCCUUCCUUCAGACAUUCUCUAAAAUCAUUGAAAACCCAGAAAGCCUAACAUUAUAGUCAUUCCUCACUGAGAGAUAUAUUUAGUUAUACGAGACAGUGUUUCUUGAGAAGCUGUUUGCUCAUUUCUUAAACUUUUUGUACUUUCUCUUUAGACUUUCUUUUUUUGUUAUACUUUACUAGACUUAAACUUUGUGCUUUUUUCAUUGCACUUUCUUUUUGCACAAGAUUGCAAUACAAACUUAUAAGUUAGAGACCACAA